AUGGAUGCAAAGGUUGGUCCAAGGACUGUGCUCACAGUCGAGGAGGAAAAUUUUGUUGAAGAUGCACUGCUGUACGCUGCUCGUCACUUCAUCGGGAUCGACCGGACCGCGCUGCAAGAACAUGUGCGCCAGCUGUGCAACGACGGUCGGGAUAUCCCGUGGGAUGCAGCAGUCGGCCCGGGGCGAUCAUGGCUAGACGGCUUCUUCAAGAGGCAUCCUGGGCUGUCAGAACGCAGCGCCCGCAUCUACGAGGCCAACAGAAUCAUGAGUGACGACGAGACUCGCCUGCAGACGUUCUACAAGGACUUUGGCGAGUUCGUUGACAAGGAAUAGAUCGCUGCGGAUCACCUGUGGAACACAGACG